GGUACUGCAAAACUUGAUGAUAUAAUAAGGCAGUUGUGAUCAACGAAAAAUCAUGAAUAAAGGUCCUUGUCAUCCUGAUCAGUAAGAGUGAUAUUGAAGGCUUGAACUAAUUGGAAGAGACAAGAGAGUAAAAAGGAACUCUAUAGAAUGCAGUCAAAUGAGGAUGCAGCCUCGAGUAGGAAAUCUGCCGCAGCAGCCCUGACCGAAAGACACCGCGGAGAAUGGAUGGGCGCAGGCGACCCUGAGAGUGCCUCUGUCUUCCACCAUAUUCGAAGCAGAACAAUCGGACAUGCGAAGCACCGGAGGAAGGUUAUCUGUAACCUGACCACCCGCAGACUUCCCCACGUGCUCUCGGAGCGGGAGAUUCCAGUUGGCGAAAUCAAUAAGAUCUUUGCUUCGGAAUGGAUUUCAGAUCAUCAAGUAGUCAUUGGAACCAAGUGCAAUAGAUUGAUGGCGUUAGACUUGAACCUCAACCACCAAGUAUCCAUCCCGAUGCUCCGUAGUCUCCCAAGCAAAAAGCCAGAGACAUUACCAAUGAACAACAGUGGUAUCCACAGCAUAUCCAUCAACCCCAGCGGUACCCUCCUAGCGACAGGGGCAGACAACCCAAACAACAUUGGUGUAUACCAGUUACCCACGUUUGAUCCCGUCUGCGUAGGGCAGAAUUGCCACAAGGACUGGAUGUUCUCAGUUGUAUGGUUAGAUGACCAAUACUUAGUUGCAGGUUCAAGAGAUUCGCAGCUUUCUAUCUGGUCUGUCAGUCAAGAACUGUGUGACCGGGUCCAAGACACCAACGAAACAGCCACAGUGCCAUCCUACGAAUCCAUCUUCCCCAUUGGGUUACGGUCUAGUGAGAGAAAUGAGAAAGUAAGGGCCUUGGAAUACAGCCCGCAAACGAAGGAAUUAGCCUCAUUGUCGGCCAACGGUUUUAUCCACCUGUGGGACUUGAGAGGGUUCCGGAAAGUCCACAGCAGACGCUUGCCAUACUGUGAGGAGAAUGUCUGUAUAGCCCUAUCACAAGACCACUCUCUUUAUGCUGUUGGUUCCCAGUCUCAUGUCACCUUCCUAGACUCUCGGAAUGGGAGAUGUGUGGCAUCGGUUCACUCUAAGGAGAGGGGAAGCGGUGUGCGGUCAGUGAGCUUUAAGGAUGGAGUGCUGACAGUUGGUACCGGUCAAGGUGCUCUCAUGUUCUUUGAGCUGAGAGCGGGUCAUUUCAUUGAGAAAGAUGUCGAUGGAAGGACCAUGCCUGUGAAGUUAUACACUGGAAAAGGAUUUCUGCAUCGAGAUUCCCUCUUCCAUCAGUUCUUCAGCGAGUCCAACCAUCCAAAUGCUGUGUACACCCAUCGGUACGACAAGUCUGGGACCAGGCUCUUCGUAGCAGGCGGUCCAUUGCCAUCCGGUCUUUCUGGAAACUAUGCCGGUUUGUGGCAUUAGAGGGCUCCUGUCAACCACCGCCUAGUCACAUUGAAGAAGAAAGGAGAAGCAACGGUUAGAUUCCUUCCGUGGUACCACACCAGUAGUCAACAUCUGUGUGAUUGGUAUUUACUGUGCCCUGGAACAAUGUAUGUCAUUGGGCAUUUUCUAGCGGAAGGUCUGAUUAGAAAGUGAGCGAUCUACUUCAUGCGCAGCUUUCGCAGUGUUGCAAAUAAUCUUGGUGGCAAGUUUUUUUUUUUCACUUGAUUUCAUUUUUAAUUGAUUUAAUUUCACUGGAGCUUUGUAAUAAUAUAUCCCAUUUAAAAUGCCUAUUAUUAUGCCUAUUCCUAUGCCUAUUUUUAUACCUGAUUGUAUUAUGUAUGUGUAUUUGCAUCAUGCAAGGACUCAGACACUUACAAGUAAAAAUUUACUUAAAAUUUGCUCCUAGCCAAUCAGAUGCAAGGAUUUACAGUAGCUUGUAACAUUUCUCAGUGUAAUCACAGACCCUUUAUUUCAUGAAUGCUUCUUCCCAGGUGUCUUUAGCUUAUUAAAGUUGAGUGAUCCCUGUGAGCAUAGAAAGUGUACAAAAUUAUGCUGAAUCUAUUAUCAAAUUAUCAAACAAUAAUAAUCAAAACCCAAUGGAAUGUAUAAUAAAAAAUACAAUAAAAAUAUAAUAAAAAUACAACAAAAUACAUGUAAAAAAAUAUCUUCUGGAGGCCAUUGUGUAAAAGCUGUUCGUAUAAAAGUCAAUAUGUACUGUCCAAUGAUCUGGUUGGUUUGACUAGGCCCUAGUUUCAAUAGAUUUAGAGUAACACUUAACUCUUCGAUUUAUUGUAUCCCCAAAUUCUUUGCUAUGCAUUAAAAGUGGAAAUUGAACAUUCUGUUGAGAAGUACACUUAUAAGAUAUUCUACUUUCGUCAUCAGAAACCGACAGAAAGAGUGGCAAUGACAAUGGCCAUGACAAAACACAUGAUGAAUAUUGGUAUUCCACAGUCAUAACAACUAGAAGCCUCUAUUUUUUUUAGUUUUACAUGAAAAUUCUAUGGCAUGAUAUUGUGAAACAUAUAUGCAUUCAUAUUUAUUGUUUGUUCUUUGUUUCAAUUAUUAUUAAUUUUUUUCUCAUGUUCAUUGUUUUAUAUUUCUAGUUACUUCUACAUAUUUAUCAACUUGUAAUUAUAUCAAUAUAUUUAUACAUAUUUUGUUGUCAAUCAAACUGUUUAUUUUAUUUCCUCAUUUCAUAUUUGAAAAAGAAAUGGAUAAUUAGUUAUUGUUGUUAGUAUGAGACUGGUUAGGGUCUCAUGUUGCUUUUGACCUUGACAAAGACCUGGUUUACAAAGUGGCUCUUUGUAAAUGAUUAUGAGGACCUCAUUCCACGCUAGCUCCUUUAAUCUUUACUUUUCGUAUUUGCAAAAUUGGAUGCAUUAGAUGUCAAAACCUUCAUGUAAGUGGGAUCAUUGCCGCUGUAUGAAUGCUUGCGCUGUUUCAACAUUGAUCUGUGAAAUGAUCUUUUCAUUUUUUUUAAAAUCAUAUCAUACACAACAAAGUUGGGAGCGGGGAAAGCUGCAAUGCAAAGACUCGUAAGGCCCAAAUUCGCAAAGGUGGUUUUUAAAACUGUCAGUUGAACCCAUGGUUUAUAAAUGCAGAUUUCUUGUCUAAAUUAUGCUUAAUUUACCACGUAUAUUGAAAAAUGGUGUGCCAAAUUGACGACUGUUGCCGUGGUUAUCUACGCUAUUUUAUUCAUAAGUCCACUGUUUUGAAUUAAUGAGUCCAAUCUUGAAAACAGUGGACUCAUGAAUAAAGUUGCAUGCUUAACGAUGGCAGCAGGCGUCAAUUUGGCGCACUGUGACUGACAAGAGUGCAUCAGCAUUGGCCAUUAAAUUAAGCUUGAUUCAUAAAGGAAAUCUGCAUAAACCAUGGGUUCGACAGAUGGUUUUCAAAACCACCUUUCUGAAUUCGGCCCUAACAGGUUUAUAGUUGGGAUUCCUGCCAAAUGACGCUGCACAGACUUCUGACAAGUUACCCAAGUCUGCCUUUUAAUCUCUUCAUGCCAAUAUGGUGACUUAACUGAACUUGAAUUCUUGUAGCUCUGCAAUUCUUUAUUACCAUAAAUGACAGUGUAGGGCUGAAGAGGGAAUGCCAAAAAUGUUGUGAAAAUCUUGAGAAAAUCGAUCCUAAUUGGAGUAUAGCAGGUAGCGUGAAUCCUAAUACUCUUUUAUGAAUUCACCCCAAAUGGUCCGGACUGUGUCUGGAUCAGAAUAGUUUGGACUGUGAUAAAAAUUGCAUUCAGAAGUAGCUCUACUUUUAUGAGUGCAGCAAGGACAUAGUCCGUAUUAUCAUCAUGGUAACCACAAAUGAUAAAGCGCACAGGGCAGCGCCGUGGUGUUUACCUUUUUUGAUAUUGUUUGCCUUCCAUUGUCAUUCAAUUGUUGAGGUGCCUAAAUGUUCUCUAUACUUGCCCAGUAAAUAUAUUCUGUAUGAUUAUUACGGUAUCACAUAGACUUUUUAUCUACAUGAAUUCUAUGAAUUCGACUCCGCAUUGAUAGAUGUGUCACCGUCUGCAGUUGUGCAUUUAAAGUAUGCUGCUUGCUUUGUAAAUUGCAACUUUGGGGAAUACUUGUAUAUCCCACAUUUCUAAAUAUGCAAUGCAGUUCAAAGUGUUGAAAUUCGUGUACAAAUACUUUGUUCAAAUAUCAGGACAUACUCAGUGAACAUCGCUGUCGCAGACUGAAACAGUACUUGUGAGCAGUAUGUGUUUAUACUCUGAUAUUAAGACAAGUAUAGAUUUCUUUAUGUCAGACUACGAUUGGUAAAUGCGCAUGUAGGCUUCGAUGUUAGCAAGUUUUGUGGAAGGUGAUAACUUUGUGAUAUGCAUGUUACUACAUUUAGGAAUAAGUUAGGACAUACGCUGUGUAAAAUUUACUUGCACCUUGUGGUUGGCGACACAUUAAUGAAGCUGUCUUUUGGUAGUACAUGUAUCUUAUCGUACAUUGGUAGAAGACAAUUGAUCAUGGAGUGUUGCCAUACAAUGUGAUCUUGGGUUUAACUUUGCAGUAUUUGGCUACAAUUCUACAUGCCAUUGUAAAUCACUUUGGUUUGUUGGUGAAUACAGAAUACGAGUGAACACUAUACAAGCUGCUUCCAUGUGUGUAAUUGAUCUGCACUGGAUGUAGUAUGGUUCAACUUGAAUGCUUGAAUGCUAGAAUGAGGUCUCUGGCAAGGGGAUUAAAGUCAACUUAAAAAGAUGUGAUUGCUGUAUAUGGAAUGGGGUAGAUUACUGUAUUCAACAUUGUAAAACCAUUUUCAUUGCAAAACUGAUCUUAAAAUGUUUGUUUGAAAGCCCUUCUGUAUGCUAUCAAAUAUGGCAAGAUUGUGAACCACAAUGCAUUUUAUACACUUUCUAUCCAAGGCUGUUGCCUGUAGGGUUCAAAACCCCACUUGGCACCGUCAUCCUUGUGCAAGAUAUUCAUGCCACUUGUGUAAAGUAGUACUUGCCUCAAGUUAUGAUAUUAGAAAGUAUAGAAAUAUAUAGCAUAUAUCCAUGUACUAUCAUAUUAUUUUUGUAGUCUAUAUGUAGCAAUUUUAAACAAAGUAAGGGAACAAGACAUGUACAUGUAUAUCUUCAAAUAAACAAAACGUUGAAGUAAUUUGAAUGAAAAGGUAACUAAAAUGAAUAAUCUUUCUUGUACCUAUCAUGGUGAAGGUUGAUGUGCAUGUAAAUUAAACUGGAAAAAUCAAUAAUUUAUGAUACAAUUGAUAAAACUUCUGUUUUCUCUGUAUAACUUCUAAUAUUCAAAUAUGUAUCUAUCCGAUGGUGAAAAUAUCACAAAAUAUAUGGAAUUUUAAAGCUGACUUCUUUUCUAGUGAACAUGUGACUAGUAAAACAAUUUUUGAGUGGAACCAUUUCUUUCUACCUCCAUGUUGGAACUGUGGAUUUGGUCAUAAAAUGAAAUACUAGUACGGUAAUCUAUUUACUUUCACUUGUUUGUGAGUAUAAUGUAUUUUAGUAGAGUCUUGAGUGCUAGAAAAUCAUGUAUUAGAAACUCGACCUGGCGUUUAGUGAACCAUAUUGGAUUUUUGGCUUUGAUAUGCCAAAAAUGAAAAGUUUUACUUAAUUCUAAUUCAAGACUUAAAUCAUCACAAUGGAUAUUUUUGCAGGUUAAUUUCUUUAAUGGAGAGAAAAUGACAUUUUAAUGUGCUCAUGAACCAUUUCUCAAUCAUUUGCCGUCAAUGUUAGAAAGCAAACCAAUUACAUGUUUCUCAAUGAUUUGAUCUUAGUGCUUAGUACUGUUGUAAUGAAGUCACACGUGCUAACUACCAUAGUUGAAAAAUAUGGUAUUUAUUCUGUGAGGAACACGUCAAAUAUAUUGUUUUUUAUUGACUGCAGAAAAACAACAAUAUUGUACUCUUUGAAUUUGUCUUGAGCCUAUGUUAAUGUGCUUCAUUCAGUAACCUUGAGUCUAUGAAAAAUAUGUGCUAUAUAGUCUCCAAUAGAUUAAUGGGUCAUAUUUGUAUCCAAUUGGUCUACGAACAGGUGGUCUAAUUCUCAGAUCAUCUAACACCAUCACGGCUUAACCCACUUGGUCUGCUAUCGAAUUGGUCUAGUUUCUGUUUGUGGUCCAACCAUCGCACGGUCUAACAAUCACUUGGUCUAGACCUAAUAAUUGUCAUUUAGUCUCUAUUCUGAAUGUUUAAUGAACACCUUUUCUAUGUUCAGUACUUUGUCAAAUGAAAAUUUGGUUCCUAAACACUUAAUCUCAUAUGAUAUGUAUACACCAAGUGGAUAGAUAUUAGACCAAAAUUGAUAUAGCCUUACCGGGUACUCAAUUUCUAAAGACAAAGUUGUGAAUGGUUUAGAAUUGUGGCAAUUAGACCAAUUGGUUAUUAGAGACAAGGUUGGUGGAGACGAACUAGGAUUAGACUACUAUUAUUUUGGAUCGAACCAAACAGAAAUAGAAAAAGCAGUUGUUGACCAAAAUGCAAUUUUACCACUCUAGUGAGCCAUGCAUGCAUGGGCACAGUCCACAGGCAGGCACCGCACCACAUUCUAGAGCUACACAGAUGUAGAAAUUCUUUCAGAAAAAUCGUGGAAGUUUGAUAAAAGGAUGAUUCAAAUUUUAUCUUUCUGAGCUUUCGAUUGCCAUCAAAGAAAAUGGUGCAGUUUAGCUCUUGAUCCAUGUGCUGUUUUCCACAGGUGUUCCACAAGGUUAUUUAUACAUCAUUCACAAGCCAAAGUAUUUUGCAAACUUGCACUCGAACAGAAGGAUGUAGUAAUAGGUUUAUUCCGGAAUUGAACAGAAAGAAAUAAGAUAUGAUAAAUUUAUUGCCACAAACAUGCUGUUUACAUCUUUGUGUUACAAAAAUGACGUGUCUGCACUAUAUUUCUUGACUUAUACGUUACACUUUAUGUUGAUGCAGUCUUGUGGGAUAUCAUGCUGUGCAUUCUUAUUGAAAAUACAUCUAGCUCUGUACAUCAGUAGUAUACUUGUACAUUUUCCUGUAAAUUUUAUUUUUAUCAUAUGCUUCUUAUUUUACACUUGUAUCCUUUGUAUAUUGAGAAUUGUUUAUUGGAGAAUGUUGCUUUGUUUUGACUUGAUUGGUGUACAAUUUUUCAUAUUAAUUUGUUAAUUUGUAAAUAUAAACUCUAGUUUCUGUAAAUUAUAUGUAUAGACAAGUAAAUAUGAUAAAUAAAAUACAUCCUAAAGCAAAAAGGA